AUGGGAACUCCUGGAUCAGGACGGAAGAGAACUCCAGUGAAAGACAGGUUUUCUGCAGAAGAUGAAGCUCUGAGUAAUAUUGCCAGAGAGGCAGAAGCCAGGCUUGCAGCCAAACGGGCAGCCCGAGCAGAAGCAAGAGAUAUACGUAUGAGAGAGCUGGAGCGACAGCAGAAAGAGUUUUCUCAGCAUUCAUAUGAUAGAAAAUGGGCUCAUAUCCAGAAAUGGAUGGAAGAUUCAGAGAGGGCCAGGUAUUCUUACCGAUCUAGUCAACGUUCAUAUUUGAGUUCUUUGGAUGUCAGUGGGUCUCACAGAAGCAGAGCAAGUACCUCCAGAAGGAGAGAUCUUGUGUAUGACAGUGCUAAGGAUAGAUCUACGAGAUACUCGGUCCCAAGUCAUGCUUACAGUGAAUCUCAUAGUUCAAAGAAGAAAGCUCUUUAUUCUCAUAAAGACUUACUGAGUGGAAUUUACUAUGAUCAAAGAAAUUAUAGCAGCCUUAGACAUAGUAAACCAGUUUCUUCCAACCAUACUCGGUCAUCUUCUUUAUGCAGUGAUCCAGUGGCAACAACUAGGAGUUACACGGUGUCUCCUUCUGUAAACAUUGGUUUGAUAAGAAGUAUCAGUUUGGCAUCUUUAUGUGGUGACAGAUUGCAUAGCUCAUAUAGUUCUCGCACCCCAUCUGAAUACAGUUAUUCUUCAAGAGCAAGCUCAAUUCGAAGUAGUCCUGCGUCCUCUGAUUUUUCUGAUCAAAGUGAAACUGCUGCUGACUAUUUCAGUCGUUCCAACCGCAGAGGAAGCAUUGUUUCUGAUGCAGAUGACGUCCAGGGCUUGAAUAGUCUGGAAGAAAAGAGCGAAAAAUCACUUUCAGAAAUAUUUUCAAGGCCAUCAUCUCGCAAUUCAAUAAGCGCAACUCCUCUGAGUGGCAACUCAUCUAGGAGAGGAAGUGGAGACACAAGCAGUUUGGUGGAUCCUGAUGCCUCCCUCAGUGAAUUACGGGAUAUCUAUGAUCUUAAGGACCAGAUACACGAUGUAGAAGGGAGAUACAUGCAGGGACUUAAAGAACUAAAGGAUUCACUAGCUGAAGUUGAAGAGAAGUACAAGAAAGCUAUGGUUUCCAAUGCUCAAUUAGACAAUGAGAAAAACAACUUGGUUUAUCAAGUGGAUACUCUAAAGGAUGUCAUUGAGGAAAAGGAAGAACAGAUAGCAGAGUUCUCUAGGGAGAAUGAAGAGAAGACAAAGGAAUUGGAAAGACAGAAACACACCUGCAGCGUUCUGCAGCAUAUGCUGGAUGAACUUAAAGAGGGCCUUCGACAGAGAGAUGAAUUGAUAGAGGAGAAUCAAUGCAUGCAGCAGAAUGUAGACUCCAUAACCAAAGAGAUGUUUGAUCUCCAGGAGACAAUUAAUUGGAAAGAUAAAAAAAUAGGGGCCCUAGAAAGACAGAAAUAUUACUAUGACUGCAUUAAGAAUGAGCGAGAUGAGCUCAGAGAGGAGUUGGCUGACCUGAAGGAAACAAUGAAGAGAGGAGAGAAACAUGGAUUAGUUAUAAUUCCAGAUGGCACACCAAACGGUGAUGUAAACCACGAAUCAGUGGUUGGUGCAAUAACAGUUGUAUCACAGGAAGCUGCUCAAGUUUUGGAAUCUGCAGGAGAAGGACCACUAGAUGUCCGGCUACGAAAACUGGCUGGAGAAAAGGAGGCAUUAUUGUCCCAGGUUAGACAACUGAAGAUACAGUUGGAAGAAGAACGACAGAAAUAUUCUAAAAGUGAUGGCAUGAAUCCAGAUAUAGGCUUAGAGAAUGGUUCUGACUUGCAGCUAAUUGAAAUGCAAAGAGAUGCCAACAGACAAAUUAGUGAAUACAAAUUUAAACUUUCGAAAGCUGAGCAAGAUAUAACUACAUUGGAACAAAAUAUUGGGCGACUUGAGGGGCAGGUUGCAAGAUACAAAAAUGCAGCAGAAAAUGCAGAAAAAGUAGAAGAUGAACUCAAAGCUGAAAAGAGGAAGCUUCAGAGAGAGUUAAGAACAGCACUGGAUAGGAUAGAAGAGAUGGAGAUGACCAAUAGCCACUUAAUGAAAAGGCUGGAGAAGAUGAAGGCAACUAGGACUGCGCUUUUAUCUCAACAAUGAAGUGGAAAUGGAAAAUAAAAUGCACUGCUCCUUGAACAACUAGCCCCUAGCUUAUUUUUAAAUAAAGACUUUCAUUGGCACAAACUAUUUGAACACUGAGCUGUUCAUUGGUGGUUAGUUUCAUAAGUUACAAAAAGUAUGCUGUUUAAUUAUGAGAAUUAAAUGUAGUUUGAAUUUCCAUGUGAAUGACAGCAGUUUUUCUGUAGCAUUUGAUUCUAGAGUCAGAGCUGGAGCACAAUGCUGUAUGUUCGACUUAGUGAUAGAAAAUGUUUUUAUAACUGUGGAAAUCGAGUUUACUCACAGUCUCUAUUGGCUGCUUUAAUGAUGCUUGAUGCUCGAAGACAACUGCAUGAAUUCAAGACGACACUAUUACUGUAUUAUAAACUAACAGAUUUGCUCAAGACAUCACACAGCACAAGUGCCUUUUAUCUGGUGCAAUUUAGACUUCAUUGAGAUAACCUUUGAAAUCAGAUAACAUUUUAUUUUAAGAUACAUUUGGGGUAUUCACUAAACUUUAUACAUUUUGAAAAUACAUUUUUGUAAGAUAUUUAAAUUUAUAAGAAAAAAAUAGACUGUAUAUAAAAAUAUGCUUUUUUGCAUGAGCACAUCUGAGUUCUAGGUAAUUUUGUCAAAUACUAGCCCCUGAUACUCUUAGUAUUAAGAGUGCAG